AGAGAGAGACGGACAAGGGACAAGACAGAGCAUGCACCAAGGACCCGAUUUGCAAGUUGGCGGCAUGUUCAGCUACUUUCUCAGGCACAUUGUCACCUCGAAAAAAUGUUCUUAAACUGAAAAUGACCAUUUUUGCGGCAGGUCUACUUUAAAAAAAUCAAUUCUCUCUCAAAAUAAAUCGCUCCAAACCGGUCCGCAAUGAGCGCGUCUGCAGGGACAGGAGUGUUUGUUCUCUCCUUGAUGUCCAUCCCCAUCUGCUAUUUAUUCAAUUCCCUCAUAUACAGCAACAGUGUUGAGGCUUUCUUCUUCGCUGGGUGCACAACAGUCAUUAUCCUGGCCAUUUCAACUCGUUUUAUGCUGAAGAGGAAGAUUCCAGUUGAUCCUCUUUUCUACGUGUAUGCAGUGUAUGCAUUCCUCAGUGUGGUGAAUCUGAUCAUUGGGCUGGAGCAAGACAACAUCAUAGAUGGAUUUGUGACGUUUUACAUCAAAGAGGCAGAUAAACACAUUAAUACAGCACAUGGGCACAUGAUCUCCUAUUGGGAUGGCUGUGUGCACUACCUCAUGUAUCUGCUCAUGAUUGCUGCAAUUACUUGGGGGGACAGUUACAGAGCAAUUGGACUCUACUGGGUGGGAUCUUUUCUCAUGCGUGCCAUAGUCUACAUUCUUGGAAAUGCUGUGGGAAAAUAUGGGACUCAAGUUGGUCCUCUCUUCAUCCUCCACAUGCUCUACAUCGCAGUGUCGUUGUGGGCUUGCUUCCGCGUCGUCAGUCAACCCUCAACGCGGGAUGUUCAGCCGACAAACUCUCAGGAUGCUCAGAGGACAAGUUUGCGCCACAGACCUGUGGACAUACUGUUCAUCAUCUACCUCAUCCCAGCGUUUGCUUUCUGUGUCCUCAGAGGCCUGGUUGUUUUGGACUGUUCCUGCAAAUGGUGUCAAGACUACGCACGGCAGUAUGAGCCUUACCUGAAAGACCCCUCAGCUUAUGCUAAAGUGCAGAUGCUUGUGAGCAUGCUGUAUUCUGGACCAUACUACAUCAUCACUCUCUAUGGGCUCUUGGUACCAGGAUGUGAGUGGAUGCCAGACCUGACUCUUGUGCACUCUGGAGCUCUGGCACAGGCCCAAUUCUCUCACAUUGGCGCAUCUCUUCACACACGAACGCCGUUCUCCUACAGAGUGCCUGCUGACAGCCAGCCUGUCUUCUUGCUGCUCAAUGUCCUGUACAUGCUGCUGCCUCAGGCUCUGUGCUACCGCUGCUGCACCCGGCCAGCCUUCUUCCUCAGACCAGUGAGAGAGAAGAAAAAUUAAUGACAGGAAGGGUUGGGGAGAGAGCGUGCAACAGUUGUCAAGGAUGCCUGGAAUACUGGCAAAAUUGCGUGACAAAAAAUGGCCGUGCCUAAAGCAAGAUCAGGUGCAUUAAGGCACGCACAGUGUCACAGUGACAAUAAUAGUGCUUUAUAUUUUAAAGCACAGUAUAUUUUUGGUAUGUUUUUUUCCUUUGGUUAUAAAAGCAGUUUUCUUGUUGACACUGAGUUUUUUGCAAGUAUUUUUCAAUGAAUUUGAAAAUAAAGACAGUAAACAAAAAUGGUCCAUUAUUGUCACAUCCAGAAUAACUUGCAAAUUUUAAGUUAAAACCAGACUGAAACAAUGUUAGAAAAGUCCAAUCUAACAUAUUUUUAAUGUUUUUAUUUUUACCACUCUCAAAAAAAUUAUUGAAAGUACAUUGAUACUAUUGUUACCUUCACGACUGAUUUAAAAUAAUAAAAGUUAUCAACAUGUUAUACAUUACACAUAAUGGGUUAAUGGGUUUUGUAUUCACUGCAAUUGUUAUAAAAACACUUUCUUUGUACAUUGUAGUAUAUUUAAUCAGUAAAAUGUAGACGGAUAUAUGUAAAGUUGCAAAUUAAAGACAUAAAAAAUAGAAGAAAAA